AGAAACAGUGAGAGAGGGAAGAAGAAGAAGAAGAAGCACACAGCAAACCCCGAUUUUCUCUGGCUUGGAGGAUAAGUUUUGGCAAAUCCGUCGAAUCCUAAAGCCGGAGAACUGUCUGAAAUCAACAUCUUCUGUUUGCCUGUGUUCUUCCAUUCGGACAUCAUUCUUCCAGAUCUCGGUAAUCUAGCCUCCAUUUGUGCACAUUUAUAGUUUGGUGCUUGUUUAAGAGGAGAGAGUGGAAAGCUCUCUCUGGUCUCUUCCUCAUAUUCAGAGUUUGAUUCGCUCCGUUUUUUCCUUGGUCUCUUAUGUCUACUGACCUUGAAAACAGCCCUGUUCAGACUCAAAUGGCUGUGGCACUUUUCAAGAGUCCGCUUCGAGGUGAGUACCAUGGAAACAACAGGAUUGAAGGAAAAGCUGUUGGGAGGAGACGCGUAUUUGUUCAGACUGAAACCGGAUGUGUUUUAGGGAUGGAGCUGGAUCGAAGUGAUAAUGUACACACUGUGAAAAGGAGGUUGCAGAUUGUCUUCAAUGUUCCAACCGACGAGAGUUCACUGACAUUCGGAGAUAUGGUGUUGAAACAUGAUCUCACUGCUAUCAGAAAUGAUUCCCCUCUUCUGUUAACAAGAAACACCAUCCAUAGAAGUUCCUCAACUCCUUGUCUCUUUCCAAGUGGAAAAGAUCUCCAGCAAAAGGAUUGGGGUGGACCAAUCGAGAUAUUAGGGAAACCGAACCAAAUAUCUCGGAUUAAACCACUUGUUAAGGAAAUGGUGAAAGCGAUCAAGCUGGGAGUGGACCCGCUCCCCGUUCAUAGUGGACUCGGAGGAGCCUAUUACUUCAGAAACUCCAUUGGCGAGAGUGUUGCCAUUGUUAAGCCAACAGAUGAAGAACCAUUUGCCCCGAACAACCCUAAAGGAUUUGUGGGCAAAUCUCUAGGGAGCCCUGGUCUGAAACCGUCGGUUCGUGUUGGAGAAACUGGCUAUAGAGAAGUCGCAGCUUAUCUUCUCGACCAUGGCCGAUUCGCUAAUGUGCCCGCCACUGCACUAGUGAAGAUCACCCACUCGGUUUUCAACGUUAAUGGAAACAAGAACAAACCACCGCUUCACGAAAAGAAGCUCGUUAGCAAGAUUGCGUCUAUCCAACAAUUCGUCCCACACGAUUUCGAUGCCAGCGAUUACGGUACUUCAAGCUUUCCUGUGGCUGCGGUUCAUCGCAUAGGGAUAUUAGAUGUUAGGAUCUUGAACACUGAUAGGCAUGCUGGAAACCUUCUGGUGAGGAAGCCUGACGGUGUUGGGAGGUUUGUCGGUCAAGUCGAACUCAUUCCGAUUGAUCAUGGACUGUGCCUUCCCGAAUGUUUGGAGGAUCCUUACUUUGAAUGGAUUCACUGGCCUCAGUCUUCAAUUCCGUUUUCUGAAGACGAGCUUAAGUACAUAGAAAGCCUAGAUCCCAUCAGGGACUCUGCACUGUUGAGGAACGAGAUUCCGAUGAUUCGGGAGGCCUGUCUUAAGGUUUUAGUGCUCUGUACGAUUUUCUUGAAGGAAGCUGCUGCUUUCGGUCUGUGUCUUGCUGAGAUUGGCGAGAUGAUGAGUAGAGAGUUUCGUAGUGGUGAAGAGGAGCCUAGCGAGCUUGAGUUAGUUUGCCUUGAAGCAAGGAGGAAGCUGAUGGAAGAAAGUGAGGUGGCGGUUGAGUUAUCAAACGAGUCUGAAGAAGCCGAGGAGUUUCAGUUUGACAUGGACUAUGAUGAAGAGGAAUUCGACUUCACCCCUAAAAUGUCGGACUUCUUUGAAAGAGCGCCAUUACAGUUUAGUGGUCAUAAUCAUUAUCCACUUUCUAAGCUGGAGGAAAGUAUUGAGGAGGAAGAAGAGGGAGUAGAAGAAGAGGAAAAGGGAUUCCCCAAUAUUUCGAAGCUGUCAAUUUCGCUGAAAUCUGAAUUGUCUUUGGGUGGUGAUAAGAUGGGGGGGAAGUGUUUGAAGAAGCAGUCUGGAGGAAAAAUUCACGUCCCUGCUUCAUCAUCGACGGGGGAUAGGAGGAGUGCGAAUGAGCAACUGCCUGCUAGUGCGACUUUUGUGAAGGUAGCAGACAUGAAUGAGGAUGAGUGGUCGGUUUUUCUAGAGAAGUUUCAAGAGCUGUUAGGCCCAGCAUUUGCCAAGAGGAAGUCAGUGACGCUAGGUCAGAAACAGAAGCUGAGGCUUGGAACUUCUUGCCAGUUUUGAGAUUUGAUUACAUUUAUUGGUAGAAGAAGAAGAAGAAGAUGAAGUAGAGGGUUCCAGGUUUGCAUGACAGAAUUGCAGUCAGGUUCUUAAUUUUUUCUUUCUUUAUUGGUUUCUUAGUUUAAGUAAGAAGAGUAGGACAACCAUCUUGUAAAUAUUCUUUUAGGCAGAUCCUGACUUACUUGAAGUCAAUUGUCUUUGAUUUGUUGUUCCUUUCAGAACUUCUUGGUGACAUCCAUGUUGAUAAAUAAUGUAGAAUAUCCAGAAGAAAUGUAGAUGUUUUUUUGUAGAUAAGUUCAGAUUAUGGGUUUUAUUGAUUCCUUCAA